CAUCACGUAUAAAUGAAUUUGUUAGCACCCCAUGUGAGUUUGCCUUCUUUUGCUCGGCGUGGUUAAGGAAAACCCUUAUUUUAUACAUACAAGAGCGACGACUUGUUGCAGGGAGCAACAGAGUGAGGGGAUACUUGUGUAUAUAUAUUUACUCAGAGAUAUACUGUGUGUAUAUCACCGACCUAUGUGUUUGGCUUUUAUGAAGCAUUAAUAAGCGCUUGAAAAGUGUCUGGGAAAAGGUCUUCAGGCUCUGAAAUAUGUGUGCAGGAAUUCCAAGGGUUUGGGAGUGAAUAUAUAAAAAUUUAUCGUCUGUGGACGGAAAAAAGAUAAGAACAAAUUGGUUUUCUUUUGCAUGUGCUAAGGUUCAGUCAAAUGCAUGAAUGUGGGCAGGUUUGGCAAUAGGAUUAUGAGAUUAUCCAUGUUUUGUGGUGAGCAGCCAUGAAUUGGAGGGUAGCUCCAGGUUGAAUAGAGCCUGGAUUUCAGUGUGGCAUAUAUAAAGUGUGGGCAUGGCAGAACUGGGUGGACUUUCUGGUUGUAUUUCAGUUUCUCAACGUGCUACAUUAGAAGAGUACUGGCUCACAAAGAUCAAAAUUUGAAGUUGCUCCUUUUUGGCAAAUGGCUUUAGCUUUUGGCUGCUGGUUUAAUGUACUACCAUAACUACUGGGUUUUGAUGCUUCAAAUUUAUUUAAGCGGAAUUCCUCUAUUGUAUAUUUAACUACUGUGAUCCUGUGAGAUACUGAGUAAUUAUCUGAUUUUCCAGCAGAUAGAUCCAUCAGAUAUAGUUGAAUGUAUUUCGUAUCACCCUGGGGUGCGAAUACAUGCAUCCGUAUGCUUCUUUUUCUGUUGAUGAGUACUCUUGGCAGACAGAAAUGUGCAACUGAGAAUUUUAAGAGAGACUAUUGUCAACGAAUUGUCUCAUGUGGUUUCUUGCAAUGAAUACUCUUGAUGAUUCUUGUAGUAUUCUACAGCUCAGAACCAGGUUAAAGCAUUGCUUGAAACCGAUUGUAAUAUGUUGGUAAUGUAGAUAUUGAGCAAAGGGUUCUUCUGUUCAAUGUGUUUAUGAAGGAUUGCUUUUAAAUAUGAGUACUGAGAUGGUCGGCACGUCACAAAUGGAAGGUGUUCCACGGAGAAUUUAUCCUUAUCUAGGAUCAGCAUUUUUAAUUUCAAUGGGGUAUAUUGAUCCUGCAAAGUGGGCAACAGUGAUUGAAGGAGGGUCACGUUUUGGGUUUGAGCUUGUUUGGUUGCUGAUUCUCUCCAAUGUAGUUUCAAUUUUAUGCCAAUCCCUUGCAGCUCGAAUUGGGCUGGUAACUGGGAAACAUCUUGCUCAGAUCUGUGCUGAAGAAUAUCCUCGACCUGUGUGUCUAUUACUGUGGCUACAAUGUGAGGCAUCUGUCUUGGUUUUGAAUUUGACAAUGAUUCUGGGAACUGCUACUGGAUUCAAUCUCCUACUGGAUAUGGAUAUGCGUGUGUGUGUAAUAUUGAGCACGGUUGAUGUAUUUCUUUUUCCGAUACUUUUUCCACACUUGGGCAAGCGCCGCGCGGAAGUUUUAGCUGUAAUAAUAGCAGGAUUGAUGCUUAUCUUCUCUGUACUUGACAGUAUAUCUACUGAGCAGAAUGUUGCCUUUAUCAUGAAUGGACUACUCCCUACAGUGAGGCGUGAAAGUCUGUAUAUGGCCGUUGGCCUUCUUGGUGCAAACAUCAUGCCUCACAAUUUUUAUCUUCACUCUUCUGUUGUUCAAGAGCAAAAGUUGGAAACUAUACCAAUUGGGACCUUGUGUCACUACAAUUUGUUGGAGAUUGGAAUUGCAUUGAGUGGGAUUUUGUUAGUCAAUCUUGCAUUGUUGAGCUCUGCAGCAACAACAUUUCAUAACGCAGGACUUGAAGUUUUAACUUAUCAGGAUGCACAACCACUAAUUGAACAGGUAUUCAAAAGUCCAAUUCCUCUUGUAGCAUUUUUUAUAGGCAUAUAUUGUGCCAGCCAGUUGUCCACACUAACUGGAACUGUUGGGGCACAAGUUGCUUUGGAAGGUUUUCUUGGUGUUCAUCCACGUAUUUGGGUUCACCGCACUUUAAUCAAAGUAGGUGCUGUUGUGCUGGCCAUGCUUUGCAUAUGGAAUACAGAGGCAGCAGGUAUUUAUUGGCUGCUGAUAUUCUCUCAGGUCAUGUUAGCUAUGCAGCUUCCAUCGGCUGUCAUACCUCUUUUUAGAGUGGCAUCAUCAAGUUCAAUAAUGGGCAACCAUAAAGUGUCUUUUGCAGUAGAAGUUAUGGCCUGGUUAUCAUUCUUUUUUAUGCUUAUCCUUAAUCUAUCUCUUGUCUUAGAGAUGUGUUUUUGGGAUAGUGAUUGGAUGUGCUCUUUGAGAUGGAAUAUUGGAACUGGCAGAGCAGUUCCUUUCACUCUAGUUCUCAUGGUUGCUGGUAUGUCGUUUGGGCUUAUGUUAUGGCUUAUAACAAUGCCACUAAAGUCUGCAAAUGAAAAACCAGAGAUCCAACCACCAAAUGAUGAACCAAUAACUUUGCACAAACACUCUGAGCAUCUUAUUUUAAAACAUACAGACACAGAGGGUACAAAAUCUGAAGAUGUCUCACUUGCACUUGAGUUGUCAGUGAAUAAGGAAGUCAUAAGCGACAAGCCUUUGGCUGAGACAAAUUUUAGGAUCUGUUCUGAGGAAAAUGUGGUCCCAAUAGCUUCUUCAGUCCAAGAGGGUAGAAGUUCUUCUUCAGAGCAUGUUCCAAAUACAGAUUUACUCCAACCAGUUGAUGCAAAAAGUGACACAGAACUCUCUCCUGAUUCUUCAGCAUCCUCAAAUUCUGUUGGAAUUGAAUCAUCUUCCAUGAAGAUGCCUGGAACCACCUCAGACAGUCUUUCAACUAACAUUUUGUCAAAUGUCGUCAAAUCUUCGACAGAGGCUUCAGAGAUGUCCACCUUCAAAGAAGUUGAGAUGGAAGCUGACAUAGAGUUGGAAAAGGAUGAUGAUGACGACGUGUGGGAACAUGAAGAUGUCCUUAUGGAUAUAUCUGAAAGUGUAUCAUCAGUGACUUAUGAAGAACCUGGGUCAGGUAGAAGUGUUGGUGGCAGGAGUGAUGAUGGGGGCAGUGGAAAUGGUAGCCUUUCAAGAUUAUCUGGGCUGGGUCGUGCAGCAAGGCGACAGUUUGCAUCUAUUCUGGAUGAGUUCUGGGGAAAGUUAUUUGACUUCCAUGGAAAGCCGACGAAGCAGGCAAUAUUGAAGAGGUUGGAUUUGGCCUUGGGUAUGAAGGCUAUCCAGCCUAGGGAAAAUGUUAUUGCAAGAGAACCCAAUUAUUUCCGUGAACAACAAAGGAUGCUUUGGCAAAAAGGCAACACGAGUGAGUGCUCGAGUCAUGCAGAGUCCUGCAUGCAAACAGGUGAGCACUUGAGUGGUUUGCAUUCAUCUAUGGGAACUAAUAUGCAUGGGGUUUCAUCAGCAUCUUGGCUUUCUUCUACACUUUCACAAGAUCCUUAUACAAGCCAAGCCAUCCCGUCUUUCAGUUUAAGUGAGCGACGCUACUCAAGUUUGCAUCUUCCAGCUCAUCGUGAAGAAUUUGAUUACCAACCAGCUACCAUACAUGGCUAUCAAAUGGCAUCCUAUAUGGGUCGAAGUGGAACUCUAAUGGAAGGUGAUAAUACAAUAGGUUCUCGUAUUGAAUCCCAGGCUCAUGCUGGAUCUCGUUAUCCAACAUGCAUUGAUAAUUCUAUGAAUAAUGUGGCAGUUGGAUCUGGAAUUGAUGAAUUAUGGGGAUCAGGUUUUCAAAACACUGGAUAUAAAUCUCAUGCUUUACAGGGAGGACAGUCUUCUUAUGACAAGUCCAUCUCUAGCAGAUCUUUGCUAAGGUCACAUGAAAAUUCUCCACAGACAGGCCAAACAAAAAAGUACCAUAGUCUGCCAGACAUAUAUGGUUGUGGCAUAUCUCAAUGCAAUCCUCUAAUAGGCCAAAAAACAGAUCAAUGGAAUCCUUUAGUAAAAAGGGUCACAGGGGAAUUGGAUAUGAGAUAUGGUUUAGGAUGUCCAUCUCCAAGGAGGGGCUUCAUGCAGACACCAGUUUCUCGUACUGCAACAUUUAAUGAUAGAAAAGAUUCCUGGGAUAGACAAACUCCUUUGGCCUUUGACGAGCUUUCCCCAUCCCAGCUUCACAAAGAUGCUUUCUCACUUCAGUCAAAUUCAAAUGCAGAAAAUUCUCUGUGGUCAAGACAACCUUUUGAACAGCUAUUUGGUAUGCCAGGGACUGGAAGUAAAGGGCUCCAUUAUUCUGAUAGGAGUGGAAAUACCAGGAAUAUUUCAAGCAGAACUAUACCUUGUGUGGAUUCUGAGGUUGAGAUGCUUCAAAGUCUUCGCUUCUGUAUUGCAAAACUUCUUAGGUUGGAUGGAUCAGAAUGGUUAUUUGGAUUCCGUCAGAAUGGUGGAUUAGAUGAGGAGCUCAUUGGUUUAGUUGCUUUUAGGGAACAAUUCCUUCAUGAUGCUGAUGCCUCUGAAUCUUACAGGUUGUACAACAAUGAUGCUCAGAAUCAGCGUCAGAACCAUAAAUAUGGUUCCACUAGUGGUAGUGAAUCCUCUGUUCCUAAUUGUGGUGAGGGUUGCAUAUGGGAAUCAGGCCUAGUUGUUAGUUUUGGUGUUUGGUGUAUUCACAGGAUCUUGGAGUUGUCUCUCAUGGAGAGUAGGCCAGAGCUGUGGGGAAAGUACACAUAUGUUUUGAAUCGUCUACAGGGUAUUUUAGACAUAGCAUUUUUCAAGCCUCGACAUGUGCUUCCUCUAUGUUUUUGCCUCGAUAUACCAUCACCUGCAGAUAUAUCUGGAAGAAAGAUGGGUUCAGUUGGUUUGUUCUCAAAUGGGGUAUCUGCAACUACAUGUCAGAGCAUCUCUCAAAUGCGAUCUGGUAAUGUCAAGGGGAAGGGUGCAAGUGCAAGUGUAUUUUUAGAAAUUAUUAAGGAUGUGGAAUCGGCAGUGGCUUCGCGCAAGGGGCGUACAGGGACUGCCGCUGGAGAUGUUGCUUUUCCUAAAGGAAAAGAAAAUUUGGCUUCGGUUUUGAAGCGUUAUAAACGUCGUCUUGCAAAUAAGCAAGGAAUGCUUGAAAAUAAUAGUGGAAGUCGGAAAGCGUUUUGAUAGCUACAACAGCAGUGGUUUUGCAGUGAUUGUAAUGUUUUGUUGUUUAAUCAAAGGAAGAUUCAAUUUUUUUUGGAGCUUCUGCAUGGUGCAUGUGUCUGAUUGUUCAAAAACCUUUGCUAUGUACAGACUACAGACCUGCUCAUUGCAGAAUCCAGUCCACAUUUGUUACUCUGAGUGAUCAAUCUUGGAAAUAAUCGGUAGCUAAUAUAUUGUGCGUUACCUUGUAAAUACUAACAUAUUGUUUUAUGUAUAUACUCCAGGUUUACCCACACUCAGGUGAGGAGA